UCUGUAUUUUUUACAGAGACGUUUGUGCCAAACCAAGUUAAGUAUGAAUGGUAAAUUUUCAUAUUCUAUUGUAAGAAAAUUGUUGCAAUAAUGAUUCAUACCGAGCAUAUACAUGCUAGUGCAUUUGACUUUCAAGGAUUUACCAGAGCUUACAGCACAUAUAACAGAUAUCGGAAAAGUUUGAAACGGAUUUAUCGUGAAACAAGCGACCUUUAUUCAGGGCAACAAUGUGGCGUAAAAGCAAGUGAAUAUUUGGAUCUCGAGCAGAAAAAACUGACAGUGAAUGAAGAUAUUCUUCUACAAAACACAAUACAAAAUUCUCUUGCAGUUGUCAUAAUUGGGCAAACAUACAAAGCUAAAUGCGUUUUUGCAAACAAGCUUCUUGCCCAAGAUGUUUUACCAGUUGCCAGUCGUACAUGGCUUCAUCAUGCAAGAAUGACGAAAUUCAAACAUGGUACAAGACCCCAAGUUUCAAUAUCUUUGCAAGACAAUUAUGUCAUCAUUGAACCUAGAAUGCAUUCAACGGCAGGGGAAGAUGGUGUUAACUGGGAACAUGAGUUUUCAUUACUUGAAGAAGAUUUAAAAAAGGUUGACGGUGGGGUUGUUGAAAUCACAAUCAAUCACCCUAUGUUGAGAGGAUGUCAGAUUAUAUUAUGUGGCGGAGAUGACUCAUUAUCAGAUGUGUUACAUGACGAAAAACUGGGAAUUCAAAUCGAUAAAACACAAUCACUUUGUACAAAUGGUAUAUCACCUGUGUUCAUCUAUGCAAUUGAAAAAGAAUGGAUGUAUUUGAAAGAAGCACAAAAUUUAAAGAUUCUUCAACACCAGUAUCCAGAUAAUGCAAUCUUAUUCUCAAUGCAAAAUAUUGAAUAUGAAGCGCUUGAUGAUCGGCCAUUUGCAAAUGGAAAUCCUAUCAAAUCUCUUACUCCACAUGAUAAAUGUACCCAAUGUGAUAAAACACAUGUGUAUAAUGGCUCGUUGGAUUCUACCUCGGAUAACAGUGACCAUUCUGAUUGCGCAGCUGUGUCCGAUUUCUGCAACAAUAAAGUGCCAAAAACAUUGAAAGAUAUUUCACAUGAGCCUAUGUGUCUUUCUAAUAAGAAAUCAUCAAAGUCAACAUCCGUUCUUAAAACUGCGUAUUCCGCAGUUGAUACAUGUGUAGAUCAUGGCGAAUUCACGAAAUCUGUUCAAAAAGUGAUUCGUGAUCUAUCACUCAUUGGUUAUAACUUUGUAUGCACAUGUAGAGGGGGUCAGCAAUAUACCGUUCCCAGGAACGUAUCAUAUGAUUCUGACUGGGACAGUAGUACAGAAGAGGUUAUAUCACCUGACUCGUGUUCACAAACAAAUCCAAGUUACUCAGCUUUGAAUUUUGAAGUUUUUAGUGAUGCAAGAUUGCACAAUUUUCCUCCGAAUUCAGUUUUUCUCAUCCAACAAAGACAAGAUAAAUUACAAUCUCGUGUUCUUUCGUUCACUCGUUCCGUGGCAAAAUACUAUCUUGUGAGAGCAGCCAAAGUUUUGCACAGAUUGCAUUCUGGAAUUCUUGACAACUCUAUAAGAUACGCAUUUCAAAUGUCUCGAGAUUUAAUGAUUACUCCAAGAAGAAUGGAAUAUGCAAAAGAUCAAGAGAAUCAACUUUUUAAUCAACUUGUUGAUAUCUCAACUAAAAAACAAACUGAAAUACAAGAAUUAAUCAGUGGAAUAAAAGUAACAUUGAGGGAAAAUAUAUUAAAUGCUGCUGAAAGUUACAUUAUCCCAGAUGAAGAAGGUUCAUUCAGACAAGUUUCAAUUGUGAAGCGAGAUAUACAAGACCUGGUGCUUCGUCAUAUAAAAGUUGCCACUGCAGAACGAUUGUACAGCUCAAUUCAAGUCCUCAGGGAGAGUUACAUUGGAACAUUAUCAAGAUGCUUGGAAUGCCUGGAAUCAUCUGCUGAGGAAGAAUCACACAGAGAAAAUUCUGGAGCUACUAGCAAGCAUUUGAAGAGGAUACUGCAUGCUGCAUACAACGUUGAACUCAAUAUUCAAUCAAGCUCUUCUCUUGCUAGAGUAAUGAUUGAUAAGUUACGAAAGUUAUUAUCCAACCUACCAUGGCAUGAACCACCAAUCAUGGAUAGAACAUGGAGAAGAAAUGUUGCUUCUGAUGUUCUUGCUUCUUUAGAUGAUUCAAGAUUAGCAAGAAGUAUUUGCUCACAAUUCAGAGCUCGUUUGCAUCAGUCACAUUCUGCAUUUCACACAUCUUUGCGGCAACUCGAAUCGGCACAUUUAUGUCGACUCGAACACACUGAGGAGAAACGCCAUAAAGUUGCGAAAAUUGUUGCACCUCACAUCGCUAGAUUAGCACUCGAGAGUACUUCUUUGAUUGAUAGUGUCAUGUUUGGUAUGCCUCGAAUGGGACGGGAGAUUGGCCGAGGAAUGUAUGGUGUUGUUUACCAAUGUGAUUCGUGGGCAUCUUGGUCUCCUUGUGCUGUUAAAUCUGUUGCACCGCCUGAUGAAAAACAUGCGAAUGAUUUGUCUUUGGAAUUUUAUUACACAAGAAGUUUGCCAGAACAUCCCAGAAUAGUACAAAUUAGGGGAUCGAUUGUAGAUGAAUCAUAUGGGGGAGGAAUAGGCCCUCCUGCUGUAUUGCUGAUUAUGGACAGAAUGCACUGUGAUUUGUAUACAUCUAUAAAGAGAGGAAUAAGUGAAUGCAACAGAAUGCAAAUUGCUGUCGAUGUGAUUGAAGGAAUUCGAUUCCUACAUAGCCAAGGUCUUGUGCAUCGAGAUAUCAAGUUGAAAAACGUUCUGCUGGAUCGGAGAAAUCGUGCUAAAAUAACCGACCUGGGAUUCUGUAAACCUGGUGCCAUGAUCAGUGGAUCAAUUGUUGGAACUCCUGUACAUAUGCCACCUGAAUUAUUCACAGGGAAAUAUGAUGGAAGUGUUGAUGUUUAUGCAUUCGGUGUAUUGUUCUGGUAUCUAUGUGCUGGUGUCACAAGACUUCCAAGAAAUUUUGAAAUUUGCACAACUAAAGACCAUCUUUGGAAUGCGGUUCGAAAAGGUGUAAGACCUGAGCGUUUACCAACAUUUACCGAUGAGUGUUGGAGUCUGAUGAAAGCCUGCUGGAACAGCGACCCAUCUAAGAGACCACUGCUCGGUAAAAUCCAACCUCGGCUCGUGAUGAUUCAUAACAGAUUGAAACGAAAGGAUCUCGUGUGAGGAACGAAGGAAAAAUUGAGUUAGGUUCCAGAAAUAAAUGAAUGGUGGAUAUCAACAAUCUGAAUUUAUAUCCAACAAAGGACGCCACAUAAUCAUGAUAAUGGUAACGAAGGUUGAGUGAUUAUUUAACAAUGAGUGAAAAUAUAACAGAUGAUGAUUGGACAAUGAUAAAUUAAGUUUGUUGCUGUUGUUAGAAUUUUUACUGGAUGAAAUCCAAACCAAUCAAGUCGUGGAAAGAAUUUCAAGUUUUUGAAGUGAUUGUAGAAUGACUUUGUUUUUUGUAGACUGGAUGUUUCAAACGUUACUUUGAGAUUUAUUACUGCAAUAUGUUCCUGUUAAUUCUUAGAAACAGUUAAUUUUGGUUGGAUAUUACCAGGAUUUUUCAUGUUAUUUCUGUAAAAUUUUCUAUUUGAUUUCACUACGGUGCCAACAAAUAUCAAACUUAUUUUUCAAUAUACAUAAUGUUGCAAAUUUCACAAUUUCGUUCUUGUUUAUUAAUACUUGGGCACCAAUUUGAAGAUGCAUCUUCAACAUUCUUGAAACCAUAUUUCUGUUUUCGAAUCUAAACACGAACUCCUAUGAAGUGUCUGUGGUCUCCGGGUUGGCAAAAACAGAAUUAUCUAUUCCGAAUACAUUCAGGAAUAAUGUUUUUGAAUAUGGAAUUUAUUUUAAAAUUGGUCAUAUCCGACUAAGGAAUUUACACAAACCAUGGUCAAUUUAUGAAAAUUAAUUGGCUGAUUCAGAAUAUUUGAAUGUGUUUUGUGAUAUUAGAAGAAACUCUUUGGACGCAUCUGUUAACUAGCCCUUUUCUAGCAGACAGAGCUACAAUCAUAGUAUUACUGUUACAACAUGCAUAUGCAUUUUUCUUUUUUUGAUGCUAACUUCUUUACAGUGUAAAAAGUGAAAGUAAGUUUAUUUCGUGACUGACCGUCAUAUACCAAAUUCCCAUAAUGAUAUUCCAAAUGAAAAUAUUCCAAAUUAAUCGGAUAUUAUAGUUAUUUUUGACAUCCUCCCGUGGCACAGAUUCUUUUACUAAGUAUGGAUUUUGGUAUUUUUUGUUGAGGAAUGUGAUUGUAACCAAUUUAGAAAUUUUUUCAAAUGUAUUCAACCAAUUUUGCAUGCUAAAUGCAUCCUUUACUCAUUCAGCACUUUAAUUUUUUCAAAGUAAAAUUGUAUUGCACCUGGUUGUGCUUCAGUGAAACUUUUUGUCACAUGGUAGAAAGUGUCAUGUCGGAUCUAUGAAUCUACUUUUGGCUUAAUAUGCUCAGAUUCAUAGUCUUGGUUUUGAAUCUGUAUUUCGGAAUCAUAUAUAAACGUGCCCUAAAGGAAUUGUCAUGAAAUUUCAUGGAUAUUAUUGCUGUUAAGCUUUUUUACUUUUCGUAUAGUUGAUCAAUAUUCGAAGAUCAAAAAAUUUCCACAUUUCUGUUUUUGAAACUACUUCGAAGAUCAGGAUAAAUAAAUCGUAUUAGUGAUUGCACGUAUAGUAUAAAAUUAAAGAUUUUUGUUUUUUCGAAGUCUAUAUUCCCCAAUUCUGAGUUGACGGUUUUAAUAUGAUCUAUGUUUGAAAAAAAGAGUAAACAUUUCGCCUGAAAACUAGGAAGCAUUCAUUGGAUUAGAAUGCAAACAACUUUCUGUAUCAUUUUCUGACUGCAGUUUAUAUAUAUUUCUGCAUCCAAAUUAUUAAGUGAAGUUGAUCUCCCGUUAGAAAUAUUCUUUCGAGCCUAGAACAUGGUACUUGGAUGUAACUUUCUGUAUUUUUGCACAAUAUACUUUCUUAAAAUUUCUUUCUUUUUCAUAACAAUUUAUGUAUGUAGCUGUUCUUUUCCCAAUUGCCUAAACAUUGCAAGUCAUUUUACUGUGAAUCAUGUUGUAUCUUUUUUCAAUGAGAUGUAAAUACAAGUCUGUUGGUUUUACUUAUUGCUUUGAUGUAAUUGCGACACCUAAUGCUGCUUUUCUACAGUUUGGGUGUUAUACCCCCUGCCAUAAUGGAAUAUUAUACACAUUUACAUAUUGUCUGCUCACGCUUUUUAAAUUUUUGCAACACUUUAACACACAACAACUUUUUUUGAUUUUAAAGUUGUGAGACGUUCAUACCAAAUUUUAGAUAAGCUGUUCAAUUGCCUAUCAUUUUAUCAAACAUUGGACAUAAGGCUUAGUUUCUGUGAUAAAAUCGAAUAAUAAAUUUGAUUUACUAACUAAAAAAAAUAAUCAUGUCACAACAUGCUAUUAUUACAAUGGUUUUAAUUAUUUGGUGUCAAUCAAUCUUAUUCCUUGUGAAAAUAUUACAUUUUUGAUAUGUUAAUUCAGAAAUUGUUUUCUUUUUUUAUAAGUUUUUCUCAAUUGUUGCAAUAUGGCCAUUAUCAAAUGAAUCCUUUUUUGUGACAUUGGAAGAAACUCUUUGGACGCAUCUGACUAGCCCGUUUCUAGCAGACAGCUACAAUCAUGGUAUUACUGUUACCAAUAUGCUUAUGCAUUUUUCUUUAUUUCUUGCUUCAAUUUCAGAGUCAUAUUUGAUUAGUGCUAAAUACAUUGCAGUGUGCUCACAA